UAUCCACCCUCUGGUCACUGGGCCGGGGACAUCCGAGGAGGAGACUCUCAAGGACUGUGUGAUCUACUGCAGAGAAGAACCAUCUCUGGGGGCAUUUACUGUUAAAAAUGGGAUUCAUUACUUUUCUUAUUUUACCGCUGCUUAUCCUUGGGAUAAGCGGCAUCAUUUACAUCUAUCGAGAAGUUGUACGACUGAUGUCCAGAUCAGCAGUGAAGAACAAAGUGGUUGUGAUUACCGAUGCGGUUUCGGGACUGGGUAAAGAAUGUUCCAGAGUCUUCCACUCGGCUGGAGCUCGUCUGGUUCUCUGUGGAAAAACGUGGGAGAAACUGGAAGCUCUACACGAUGCCCUGAUAAGCGUCGCCGACCCCAGCGUGACUUUUACCCCCAAGCUGGUUCUCCUGGACAUAAGUGACGUCAACAACAUCGAAGCCACUGGUAAAGAAAUCCAGGAAUGCUACGGCUGCGUGGACGUGUUAAUUAACAACGCCAGCAUGAAGAUAAAGGGGCCGGCCCACAGCGUCACCCUGGAGCUGGACAAGAAGAUCAUGGACGCCAAUUAUUUUGGCCCCAUUACCUUAAUUAAAACUAUUCUUCCUCAUAUGAUUUCUCGAAGGACGGGACAGAUUGUUCUAGUGAAUAACAUACAGGGAAAACUGGGCGUUCCCUUUCGUGCGGCCUAUGCCGCAUCGAAACACGCCAUUCAGGGAUUCUUCGACUGCCUGAGAGCCGAAGUGGAGGAGUUUGAUGUGUUUGUCAGCACCGUCAGCCCUACCUUCAUCCGGUCAUAUCACGUCCAGCCAGCCUCCGGGAACUGGGAAGCUUCCAUCUGGAAAUUCUUUUUCAGAAAGCUGUCUUAUGGCGUCCACCCAGUGGAGGUGGCUGAAGAGGUUCUGCGCACGGUCAGCAGGAGGAAACAAGAAGUUUUCAUGGCGAACCCCGUCCCCAAGGCCGCACUUUAUGUCAGGACCUUCCUCCCAGAACUUUUCUUUGCUGUGGUGGCCACAGGGGUGAAGGAAAAGCAUUUUGUGGAAGAGGAAAAGUAAAUCUAAGGCCGAUUAUAGGGAAUUGUGCCUUAUAAUUCUCACAUCGAGGAUUCAAAAAGAUAAAUAUCAAUAAGAACCUGCCUUAAAAUGAAUUCAGUGCUGAUUACAUACAUAAUCUGG